AUGUCCCCGCCUACCCAGCCAUUGUACACCAUCCCCAUUGCAGACCGGCCGGCAUGGCAUGGGCGCCUGUGGUCGCGGAUUGUGUUCCCCCUCGUCUUCGACCUCGGUAUCUUGGGCCUCAACAGCGCCCAGUUCCUCUGUCUCGCCCUCCUCCUCUUACCUGGUGGAAAACAACUUUAUAAACGGGCGAUUGACUGGACAAAGGACGGGUUUGGGCGACUGCUGAUUGCGAUCACGGUUUUGUGCGCACCAACGAGCUUGACCAUCACGACAAACGCGCCUCCAGAGCUCUCUGGUCUGGUUACGCAUAAUGGGAAACUGCGCGUCCAUCUUCCCCCACGCCUCGUGCUCAUGGCCAACCACCAGGCUUACACGGAUUGGAUGUACCUCUGGAUCCUGGCGUGUUAUGCCGGUCAUGCGCGUGGUAUCACAAUCCUCCUCAAGGCGAGCUUGAAGCACCUCCCCAUCGUUGGGUGGGGUAUGCAGUUCUUCCGCUUCAUCUUCAUGCACCGCUCCUGGGCAGCAGACAGGGAACACCUCACGCACGCCCUCACGAGACUCGGCAAGCAGGCCGCAACCGGGUCGCCACUUUGGCUCCUCAUCUUCCCAGAAGGCACGAUCGUGUCUGAUAACGAGCGCACCAAGAGCGCCAAGUACGCUGCACGAGAGGGUAUCCGCGACCUCGAUGGCGUGUUGCACCCGCGCUCGACGGGAUUGCUGUUUGCUCUCCGCACGCUCAUUCCCUCCAUGCCCGACUUGCAGCUCAUGGACAUUACUAUCGCGUAUCCAGGCGUCCCGUUCGGCAAGUACCCCCAAGAGUGGUACGGGCUCGGGUCCGUGUUCUUACGCGGCGUGCCGCCACCCACCGUUCGUCUGCACCUGCACCUGUAUUCUAUGGAGGAGAUUCCGUCGCUCCCACGGCCACCGCACAACUCGUCCGACAUUACACCGCUCGCGACUCAAGAGGAGGCGCGCGAGUUUGAGCUGUGGCUCCGGAAUGUGUGGAUACAGAAGGAGGCUCGGCUGGAGCGCAUGCUCAACGACAACGUCGACGAGAAGAUGACCAGCGUCGAGGUGCCCAUCGAGCAGACCUCCCUACAUGACUGGAUCGCGACGUUUGGAGCCGGGGGAAUGAUGACCGUCGCCGCUGUGUUUGGCCUCAUGGCUUACUUGUUAUAA